AUGCAAGUCGUUGGCCCAGAACUCCAUCCAGUCCUCCCAAUAUUCCCGCUUGACGCUGAAUCAAACGCCCAGAUCUCCGUAAUAGCGCAAUUCGAUAGUCGCGAAAGCUCGAUCGACGUAACCGCGAAGCACUGGAUGGUCAUCGAGAGCUCUAAUGUCAACGCGGGCCUCCGCCGAAGGCUCGGACCCGCAGACGAUUAUGUUGCCAAUCACAGCUUCUUCUGCCACGCCGGAUAUUUUGACAAAGAUGUCGACGUAUCGAACAAGGUGCUCCAUCGCGACAGCGAAUACGGUGCGGGAGCUGUAGAGAGGGAGGAACUCGGCGCGGAUCGUACGACGCAAUUGCGUGAGACCCAUAAACUGACGGUGCCAUCGAUCUGCAUUCGAUAUAUGUUCGUUGGAUUCCGGGUAGGGGUCGCAACGCUCCUUGAGCAAGUCUAGUCUGUCUUCUGCGGCGAAGUCGUAGAUCCUGUUCCGUAUCUCUAUGCGCCAACUAG